GGUAUUUCUUGGUAGACAAAGAAUUCAAUGUUAUAGGAUACACUUUGCUACUAAGCCUGAUUGAGUACAAGACUCUUGUGAUGCGAGGUGAUCUAGACAGAGCCAGUGAAAUCUUGCCUACAAUUCCUAAAGAACAGCAUAACAGUGUUGCUCAUUUCUUGGAGUCACGAGGAAUGAUUGAAGAGGCUCUGGAAAUUGCGACAGAUCCUGACUACAAAUUUGAGUUGGCCAUACAACUGGGUAGACUUGAAAUUGCGCAGGAAAUCGCUGUAGAAGUACAGAGCGAGUCUAAGUGGAAGCAAUUAGGAGAGUUAGCCAUGUCCUCUGGAAAGCUGCAAAUGGCAGAGGAAUGCAUGAAGUAUGCGAUGGAUUUGAGUGGUUUGUUACUGCUAUAUUCUUCUCUGGGAGAUGCAGAAGGUUUGACAAAACUUGCAACACUUGCUAAAGACCAAGGGAAGAACAAUGUUGCCUAUCUUUGCCUAUUCAUGCUGGGUAAAUUGGAAGAUUGUUUGGACUUAUUGGUGGAGAGCAACCGGAUACCAGAAGCUGCUCUGUUCGCAAGAUCAUAUCUUCCAAGCAAAGUAUCUGAGAUAGUAGCUCUAUGGAGGAAAGAUCUCAGCAAGAUUAACCCGAAAGCAGCAGAAUCUUUGGCUGAUCCUGAGGAGUACUCAAAUCUUUUUGAAGAUUGGCAAGUUGCUCUUUCCGUCGAAGAAAAAGCUGCAGAGACAAGGGGAGUUUAUACAUCUGCAGAAAACUAUCCUAGCCAUGCUGAUAGAUCUUCGAUGACCCUCGUGGAAGCCUUUAGAAACUUGCAAGCUGAGGAAGAGGAAUUACUCGAAAAUGGAGAUAUCGAUCAUGAGGAGGCAGUAGCGGAAGAAAAUGGAGGAGAUGAACAAAAGAAGGAUGGGGAUGUUGUAGAGGAGCAUCAUGAAGAAAAGGAAGAAGAAGAAGGAGUCGUUGAUGGUGACUCAACGGAUGGAGCUGUACUUGUGAACGAAAGUGAGGCUGACGAAGAGUGGGGUACGAAUAAUGAAGGAAACCCAUCCGCCUAA